AUGGGCCGUGCAAAAACAGAAUUGAAGUGCCUCUCAACUGAGAAAGAUCGGAAAGGCAGAUUCAAGAUAAGAAUCAAGGGACUAGAGAGAAAAAUGAAGAAAUUUUCUGACAAAUGCGAAGUAUCCGAAGCAUGCUUGAUAGUUUAUGAAGAAGGUAGCAACACUGCACCAAUGAUUUGGCCAAAAGAUUCUACAAAAGUCAGGUCUUUAAUUAAAAAGUACGAAGCUCAAAAGAAUGUGAGGCCUCCUAAGAUCUUUGAUCUUCAAGACUUCUUUGAGCACAAGAAGACCUCGGUUGAAGCCGAAACUUUGAAAGCGCGAAAAUGCAUCUACAGCGUCAAGUAUCCCACUUCUGACUUGAAUAUCCAGAGCUUAGAUUUGGAACAACUGAGGAUGUUCAUUGGUAUAUUGGAUAACAAGAUUGGUGCGUGUGCUGAAAGGAUUAACAUGCUGAAAAAUAGCCAAAAAGUUGAAAGUAACUUCAAUUUUGGACACACUGUUGAUCGGUACAACUGUCAUUCAAUCAAUGAUGCCACUUAG